AUGAAUAGCACUCAAUAUAUUUCAUCAUCAUUGAACAAUAAUAAUAGCAUUCCAUCUAUUCCUCCAAACAAUAAUAUUAACAACAACAAUCAAUAUCCUCUUCAAAUCAAUACUAAUAAUACUAAUAAUAGCAAUCAAUAUAUUCCCCAAAUUAAUAACAAUAACAACAAUCAACAUUUUCCCCAAAUUAAUAACAAUAACAGCAAUCAAUAUCCUCUUCAAUUUGACAAUAACCAAUACUCUUCUCCACUUAAUUAUAAUAGUAAUCAGUAUAUUCAUACUAAUAUCAAUAAUCAAUAUCCUCCACCAAUCAUUAAUAAUCAAUAUGUACCAAUUUCAUUAAAUAAUCCAACUUAUCCAACUAAUACAUCACCAACCUAUCCACCAAUGAAUUUGAGAUCAUCACUGCCACCACAACCACAACAACAAAACCCUAUGCAAUAUAUUCAAUAUAUUUCACCGCCAUCUAUUCAACAACAGCAAUCAUUGUAA